UUUGAGGUUAUGUUGUGCUAAUUUUUUUAUAUAUUAUUAUUAAUUAUAAAGAUGAAUUCGUCAAAGUUAUUUAAUAUCGUUAAAGGGAAAUAUAUUCGAAAAAUAUUCACAUCUAAUGUCCGUUUCGCCGAAGUUGAAAUAAAAUCUAAACCGAAUUUGCGUUUGAAGGAAGGCAAUAAACGAGAUAUUGGACCAUUUGGUUGGUUUCUGUUGUCAAUACCCGCAGGUACUUUUGCUUUGGGAACGUGGCAAAUACAAAGAAAGAAAUGGAAAGAGGCGUUAAUAAACAAUUUGCAAGAACGAAAAAAUGCAAUUCCAAUUACUUUACCUGAUUCUUUAGAGGAGUUGGAAUCUUUGGAAUAUUAUCCUAUUCAUGUUAAAGGGCAAUUUUUGCAUGAUAAAGAAAUGUAUAUGGGGCCUAGAUCGUUAUUAAUUGAUGGUGAUGCUGCUAGUAAAAGUUCUUUGUUAUCGAAAGGGCAGACAUCUACACAGGGUUAUUUAGUUGUUACACCUUUUAAAUUAUCUGAUAGAGAUGAAACCAUAUUGGUUAAUCGGGGUUGGGUACCUACAAAGUCAGUUAAUCCUAAAAGUAGACCACAAGGACAAGUGGAAGGUGAAGUAGAUGUUAUUGGAGUGGUUCGGUUACAUGAAAAUAGACCAACUUUUAUGCCAAAAAAUAAAGAGGGGACUAAUAUUUGGUAUUAUAGAGAUUUAGAACAAAUGUGUGCAAUAACAGGAGCUUCCCCCAUAUUUUUGGAUGCAACAAAUGAAUUUGAUGUUAAGGGUGGACCUAUUGGAGGACAAACACGGAUUUCGUUAAGAAAUGAACAUCUGUCUUACAUAUUAACUUGGUAUGGUUUGUGUGCGUUUACUAGCAUUAUGUGGUAUCGACAAUUUUUAAAACCAGUUUAAUUAAAAUAAAUUAAUAGUUAAUAAA